UUUAUCUCUUGACAAAUCCCGGUUACUUGAGCCUUAUCAGAAACCUAUUUGAAAAGCAAUAAAGUCGUCAAGUUCAAGCUAAUAAUAUCUUAGCUUUACUAAAUGGGUUUUUGUUAAGAGUGUUUUAGGCCAUUCUUUGAGUAGGCUAAAACCCACAGGCAGCGUUGGAUUAUUAUUUUUGGUCCACGGGCAAUGUUGGAUUCAAGAAUUUAAAAAAAAAAAAAAAAGGAAGAAGAAAGUUAAUAGUCGACUACCGGCAUUGAACAAUUCCAUGAUUUUCUUUCUUUUUUUAUUAAAACCCAAAUCGAAAAUCGAUCGAGAAAAAGAGGAGAAUGGGUGAAUGGAGCAGCUUUACUGCUGUAGUGAGAGGCCUCUGUUUGCUUUACGUUACCAACAAAUAUCUCGGCACUGUCGCUAUUACUUAUGGUCCUAGCAUGCUUCCGACCUUAAACGUAACAGGCAGUAUUUUGUUGGUGGAGCGCAUUUCGACCCGCACCGGCAAACUUCGACCUGGAGAUGUUGUGAUCUUUCGAUCUCCCGAGACUCCUAGGAAGAUUGUCUGCAAACGGUUGAUCGGAUUGGAAGGUGAUCAAAUCACCUACGUCGUCGACCCUCAGUCGGGUGAUAGAUGCGAAACUAUCGUGGUUCCUAAAGGGCAUGUUUGGGUAGAAGGAGAUUACAUCUAUAAUACAAAGGAUUCGAGGAAUUUCGGAGCUCUUCCUUAUGGCCUUCUCGAAGGCAGAGCUUUUUGGACGUUAUUGCCUCGUAAAGAUUUUGGACCCUUGACACCCAAACCAGAAUAAAAUUUGCGUUCCUAUGAUUGUUCUUGCGUGGAAGAUGGUGAAGCAGCCUGAAAUGUCUUUCAAGCUAUGCAACAAGGGGAAGAUUUAAGUUGGAUGAUGAAAUUGUAUUGUUUUCAUCGAUGAAUCAUGCUGCAAUGCAGUUUUUUGUUCCACAGAAAAAAAAGAAGAAGAGGGGUUUGAUUUGACUUAUAACAAAAUUGAUAUCAAAUUGGACGGAUUCUAUUCGACCUGCAACCUUCACUAGUUUGCUGUCUUGAUUUCGAAAGCUAAAAUGUUGACAUGAUAAGUGGGAAAUUUUCAUUUAGACCAGAGAUAAACAUUCUUAUUGAA